AUGCGCACGAAAACGACUGAGAGUCUGAGACCACCAUCGGUUUCUAUCCCUUCUCAACUCUCUCCGCCUGUGUCUACUUUCAAUCUUGAUAGCAUGUCCGUUCAGAUAGACAAUCAUCAGUCGAUCAUCGACUAUUGCCGUUCUUGUCCAGACGAUCAACUUAUUGGAGGCUCGAAGUAUGGCAACCGAGUCGUUGAGCUACCAAAUUAUGACUUAGCAGUCAAGUUCGGCCGGCAUGUCUCCUCGUACGAGGCAAAGAACCAGCAAGAAGCGUACAGUAUAAUUGAUCCCAAUGUCGUCAUAGUCCCUCGGGCUCAUAAGUUUUUUGUGGACGAUGAGGGUUGGGGCUACAUGGUAUCGGAUUUUAUUCUGGGCAAGACUGUAGAUCCUCUUGCAGAAUCUCAUAUUCGAAAACUCGCCAGUAUUCUUGGAUAUUUUCACUCUAUUACCUCGGAGAGUGCCGGUAGCCUAGGUGGUGGCCCGUCAACUGGCUUGAUAUGGCCACAUACAAAUGAUCUAUUCAUUAGCAGUGUCUAA